GCUAAUGAACGUAUACUGCUUGCUCGGCAAUAGUGACUACUGCAAUUUUUCUAAUUUCUUGUGCAGAUCCCAACAACGCAAGGCGGUUGGUUUUCGUCGGGCACGGAUUAGGAGGCUUGAUCGGCUUCUGCUUCGUUACGCUGCACGAAGACCUGGUGUACCGCAUGAUCGUCAUUAACAGCUACCAUCCUUUGGCCUUCGUAAAGCAGCUCCGACGAAGUCUCAUACAAAUGAUGAUGUCUUGGUACACGGUCGCUUUCAGAGUUCCCUCGUUGCCAGAGCAGUACAUGACCAUCAAGGACUUCGCAUUCUUCGACUACAUACUCUGGGAUUCUUCGACUGAGGAAGAAGUGAAUGCGACAAAAUACGUGUAUUCUCAGCCUGGGGCUCUGACGGGUGUGCUGAGCUACUACCGUGCAUUUAAUCACGACAGCGAGCAGUUUAUGAAGCUGAAGUACCACAAAAUCAGGGUGCCUACGCUCAUCAUGUGGAGCGAAAAAGACCGCUAUCUUACUACGCCCAUAGCCGAGUUCAACAGAGAGCACCUGAAGACAUCCUCCGUUGUGUACUACCCAAAAGGAGGCCACUGGCUGAUGCGCCAAUGCGCGGACAGCGUGAACAAUCACAUUAUCGAAUUUGCAUACACCGGAAAUAUCAUUUAUAACGAAAGCGUGACACAAUCGCAAGUUCCCUUGACAGAGUACAGCUGCGCAGAAUCACCAAAGCCGUCCAAAAAGAGCUGAGUAGUACAACUACCGUACAAGGUACCAUAUGUGACGUCCAUCAUGAGUGCAGAAUUUCGCAUACGCAGCGUAGCUCUCAUCUUCACCAAAUAGGGCAGGUGAAUUAAUAUUGCUAAACUUGUAGGCCAUUACAGCCCAUUGUGUACUCGUGAACUUAGAAGAACCACCUUUUUUUGCUACACCUUUCGCGAGGACGUAUUUACCAAUAUCCUCAAUAUCAGGGAAACGACGCAAUUUUUCUCAUCACGGGAUGUGGUGUAUGUAUAGUUCAGUCAACGUUACAUUACUUCUAUGCAUGUUCAAGGCCAGCUUUUCUAAAUAUGUUUUGCUGUUUUGAAGAAACUCGCUCAGAGUUCUAAGAAAUGUGCGCCCAGUGAAAUAUUCAUCCCAUCAUUUAUGGAAAGAGCGAACAAUACGCCCAACGAAGUAAUUGAUCUGCAUCUGCCUCCAUCUCAUCCUUGCGCCCUUCAUUUCAAAGAAGAUCAACGCCACUUCACGAGGGUUGGCUGUUAUUGCAUCACCCGUAACAGCCUUGCAGCCAUUUUUUUGUAGUAGCUACUGAAGACAGUAUCCUCAUUUGAAGCGGCAUCGGUUUUUAGCAUACCUAGGAAUAAUGUGCCGGUCUGUUACCUGAAAUAUGUCAUUGGCAAUUGAAACUCUUUUCGCAGUUGAUGCGCCUAGCGGACACAAGUCUUCGCGUUUUUUUGUUUAAAAAACAAAAUCCCGCUACCUCUUUCCGCAAUCAUCGUUGACUUCUCACUUGCAUAUGUCAAAAAGUUGCGUUCUUCGGAAGCUGUGCAACAAAAAGGGGCGGAUGCUUUUGGAGACAAAGGGCUGUUACAUCGAGUACUCCUGGUUAGCCAUUUUCACUAAUAGUCAUUACCUCAAGUACGCUUACAUC